CCUUUUGCGCUUCACUUCGUUCCUGACUGCAAUCCAUCACGUUCAUUCCCACCACACGUAACCCCUUCGAUUCGUAUGAGCGCGAUCACUCCUUCCUCGCAGCUCCCUUCGCUUCAAGUUCACGCUCAAGCACCACUCCUCGGACCGAUUUCGUAGUCGGCAAUCACUUCUCAUUCCAGUACCAAUCGUUAGAAGAGAUACACUCAAGCGGCCAUUUCCACCGACAUCAUUCUGCAAAAGCAUCGUACCCGGGUGUCCUAUUUUCCUUACUCGAUACAAAGCCCGCCCUUUCUUUACAUUGUAUCUCGUGGCAGCGCAAGUAGACGCUAUGCUCGGGAUCCAGUCCUUCACACUGCUGGCGCUGACAGCCCUUGCCAGUGCGCAGGCCGUUGACAGUUUGGAUCCUUGCGGUAGACAAUGUUACACCAAUGCGAUGAACAUGGCGGGGACGUUCAACUGCGCAGCAGACGAUAUGAACUGCCUAUGCCGGGCUCAGAAUUGGUUCUUCAAUAUCCGUGACUGUGCAGUGGGUGCUUGCCCACCUGGAUAUGCCCCAACUGUCGUCAGCGCAGCAAACGCUGUUUGCGCACCAGCUAACGAGGCGCCAGCUGUUACCGCUGGGGAUGCGGUUACCACCUCACAGUCGACAUCUCCGGCGGCUCCUACAACGACCGAGGCGCCGACCUCAACCGAUGCACCGACCUCGGCCUCGUCCUCUUCAUCGCAAGUGUCGUCCACGACCACUGCAUCAAGUUCAGCAAGCACGACCCUCGAUACAUCUACCAUAACGUCGACGGCAUCGACUUCAGCAACUGUACCGACCAAGGCAACCACCAGCAUUACAUCAUCGGCUUCUGCAGCAGGCACAGUGUCCGACGCCGAGAAGUCGGGCGAUUCGGGCUCUUCCGGACUCACGGAGGCCGCUAAGAUCGGCAUCGGCGUUGGUAUCGGCGCGGCCGUGAUUGCGCUUCUUUCGGUGGCCGCCUGUAUUUUCCUGCGCAAGCGCCGGGCCGAACGGGCCGCGGCGACGAAGCUUGACCGGUUUAACAUCUCUCACCCGAUGCCGAGCGAUGAGCAUGCGUAUACGCACAACAACAACUCGGAGUACGAUAUGGGAUCGGGGGAGUUGGAAAUGAAGAGCCGCCGGUACGAGGAUAUGCUGCCGCACACGCAGCCACGCCAGAUGGUCUAG